GCUGCACAUGCGCGGCUGAAGCAAACCAAUUCUUUCCGCUUCGCUUCCUUGCUUGUAGACGCUUUCGCCGUACUGGAUUUUGUAGCCUGAUUAAUCAAUAACUAAACAGCUGUCGGAGCAUUCGCCGUCAAUAUCAUUUUGUGCUGCUACUCGGCAAACCAGACGGACGUGUUUGCACAUAAACUUUGUUGAAUCAAUACAGCUACAUGCGAAAGCAUCAAUACAGAUACAUCGAAAGAUAUCCAGAUCGAGUAGAUAUGCUACUCACGCUGAUGGAAUUUUGGUCCCGACUUCACUCACUGAAUGAGAACAUCAGCGAACUGCUGCAUGAAUUGCGCCGUGAAAAUGCCCGGAUGGCAGCGGAGGCUGCCGCCGUGGAUGCUGCCGCUGCGAAUGGGGGCCCCAUUGUAGAAUUCCCUCCGGAUACCGACGACAAGCCGGAGGAGAAGCACCAGCAGCCGGAGGAGGACGACACAGAGGAGGGCGCCACCGGCGGCCAGCCCCGCUAGUCAGGGCAGCUGGAGCCACGUGGGA